UUUUCACUUAAGGCUGAAGAAAAAGGGCGCGCAUGUUCUGUACACUAAGCCUGGAUAAGACUGGAGCGUCGAGAUAAGUGUCGGCGAUCAUAAAAGUGUUUUACAUCACCGAUGCGUCUCCGAUCGUCCUCUGGAAGGAAGGACGGAGCGAAGAGACAAAACGUAUUGUUAAUGCAUCGUCAUGUGGCGUUCCAAACAGUCGGAGCAAUUAUUCGCGAUGCACUCGCGGACCCAAGCCGAGCCGAGUGGGAAGUGCAUCGAACCGCGAUGCAACUCGUUGCAACGCGAUGAUGAGUCAGCGACCGAGUCGCGACGCGACGUAUAUCUGCGGAAGAAACGCGGCGUAAAACCACACCGAGACGCGUAAUAAAGUGAUAAAAGAAAACGUCAAAGUCACAUAAAAUUAAUAAUAACCGCUCGUCGUCGCGUGAUGGCACGCGGCAAAUGCAUAUGCGCGAUGCAUCGGCAAUUGAUCCGUAAUUAAUUAACCGCGCGAUAUCCGAAUGUUUCUGAAAGUAAUGCGUAUAUUUUAUACACAAUGCUGUGUGCGGACGCUAUAUUACACUCUCAUAUACUGGUUUUUGCAAUAAAAUCAUAUACGCGCGAUGCAUAAUUAUUCUAAUAAUAGUUAAUGACGCAGUUAGUGACGUCGUCGUCAUAUUGUUUAUUACGUGCUCACCCUUUGAGAAGCGCGCGACAGAUCGCUAUGAAUAAUGCAUCCAUUAAAUAUCAUCGAACACGCGAGGGGGUUCAUAAUCGACGAGACACCCUGCGAAGGAAGCAGUGGCGAUUAAGACAUGGAUAGUAAUAGUAGUCCGCCGUUAGCGUCCACCAAGAAGAGGAUUAGUCCUCCGAUCAGCUGGGGCCUCGGCCUUGCCAACAAGACGGUUAAAGUGAUCUUACUGGGUCAACCGGGUGUCGGCAAGUCGGCUUUAGCUGUGCGAUUCGCCACGAAACGCUUCAUAGGCGAAUACGAUUGCACGACGGACAGGAUCUAUCGGGUCGACAAUCAUCUGGGAACCUCGUGGGAGAUAGCAGAUCCUCCAGGAUCUCCACCAACCUCGGCUGAACCGAAAUUACGAUGGGCCGACGCGAUAGUUCUCGUUUAUUCAGUGACGGACCGCGUCAGCUUCGACGAGACUUCUCGUCUAAGGUUUUUGGUAUCGCACGCGAGGAAAGGCAGAAAAGUGCCACCGGUUGUGCUGCUUGUGGGAAACAAGGCCGAUCUUUCUUGCUCGCCGGGUGAGCGGAUGGUAUCUGCCUUGGAAGGCCAGAAAAGGGCAAAAGAAAUCGAGGCUCAUGCUUUCCACGAGAUUUCAGUAAGGGAAUCGGUUGAUCAGGUCACGGUCGUAUUUAUGAAUAUACUGAAACUGCUGACUGAACAGCCAGGACAGCAGCCGUCAGCUUUCAGAUUGAGGGCUUCCACAGACGGGACCAUAAACACUCUCCGUCGAGAGAAAGAAUCACCCCCUCCAGCGAGAAGAAGAUUUAGCAUUUCCGCUCGUGGAAAUCUAUUGUAAUGUCUUGUGUAUAUUAUUUUAAAAAUUUCAUAUUUUUUUUAUUAAACACACCAUAGAGACAUUAUAUACGAAAAAUUGUAUUUUAACUGUUUUAAUAAAUAAUAUAUUUGUAAGAAAAACUCUUUUUGCAUAUAACGUGGCAAGACAAUAAAGUUUUCAUUUUUUGUUAA